UAUCAUAAGUCAAGAAUUAGAGGAAAACCCAUUGCAAGACCAACUCAAGAAUACUCAAAAAGAGAGAGAGAGAGGAGGAAGAGUUGGUAACAAUGGCUGCUGUAACUGGUGUAGGGCUUUCAUGGCCAUCAAAAUUGACUAAAACUCAAACAUCCAAAUGGGGUUUCUCUCCAUCUCACCGUCGAUGCAACCCAUCAUCUUCUUCUUCUGCUGCAACCAUUAGAAUGACUGCCUCAGUUGAUGAGAAGAAGAAAACUUUCACACUUCAGAAGUCUGAAGAAGCUUUCAACAAAGCCAAGGAGUUGAUGCCAGGAGGUGUAAAUUCCCCUGUCCGUGCUUUCAAGUCAGUUGGCGGACAACCUAUUAUAAUUGACUCUGUGAAGGGCUCUCAUAUGCGUGACAUUGAUGGUAACGAGUACAUUGACUAUGUUGGUUCAUGGGGUCCAGCUAUAAUUGGUCAUGCAGAUGAUGAGGUGCUAGCAGCAUUGGCUGAAACAAUGAAGAAAGGAACGAGUUUCGGCGCUCCAUGUCUCCUUGAAAAUACACUGGCAGAGAUGGUUAUUUCAGCUGUUCCAAGCAUAGAAAUGGUUCGAUUUGUCAACUCUGGGACAGAAGCAUGUAUGGGAGUACUACGGCUGGCUCGUGCUUUCACUGGCCGUCCUAAGAUCAUCAAAUUCGAGGGUUGUUACCAUGGUCAUGCUGAUGCAUUUCUUGUUAAAGCAGGCAGUGGCGUUGCCACCCUCGGUCUCCCCGACUCCCCAGGAGUUCCGAAGGCAGCUACUUUUGAUACUCUGACCGCACCUUACAAUGACAUUUCUGCUGUUGAGAGCCUCUUUGAGGAGCACAAAGGAGAAAUUGCCGCUGUAAUUCUGGAGCCUGUAGUCGGAAAUGCUGGCUUCAUCCCACCCAAGCUAGAAUUUCUUGCUGCCAUUCGCAAGAUCACCAAAGAGAAUGACACACUUCUUAUUUUCGACGAAGUUAUGACUGGAUUUAGGUUGGCAUAUGGUGGUGCUCAAGAGUAUUUCGGAAUAACUCCAGAUUUGACAACCCUUGGGAAGAUUAUUGGUGGUGGCUUGCCAGUAGGUGCAUACGGAGGAAGGCGAGAUAUUAUGGAGAUGGUAGCACCUGCAGGACCAAUGUAUCAAGCUGGCACCCUAAGUGGAAACCCAUUGGCCAUGACUGCUGGAAUUCACACGCUUAAGCGGUUACAGGGACAGGGAAUAUACGAACACUUGGACAAGAUCACAGGUGAACUUACACAGGGAAUCUUGGAUGCUGGAAAGAAGACCGGUCAUGCAAUGUGUGGUGGGUACAUAAGGGGGAUGUUUGGCUUCUUUUUCGCUGAUGGUCCCGUCCACAACUUUUCGGAUGCAAAGAAGAGUGAUACAGAAAAAUUUGGCAGAUUCUAUAGGGGGAUGCUGGAGGAAGGUGUUUAUUUUGCACCAUCACAGUUUGAGGCUGGAUUUACUAGCUUAGCACAUACUCCAGAGGAUAUUCAGAGGACUGUAGCUGCAGCUGAAAAAGUUUUGAAGCAAAUUUAACCACUAGACUUUCUUCUUUUUGUAUGCUAGGUGGAGAUUUUUCCUUUCCAAGUUUUUGUUGUGUUGAAUAAAAGGUGAUUUGUAAUGACAAGUUUUGUAGCAUAUUGUUUAUUCAGAAACAUGCUGUACCAUUUUACCUCCUUUAUUUAAAGCCAUUUUUAGUCA